UAGUGAAGCUCACCAGAAACGACUUCACAUUAUGUCCUUUAUUUCUUGUACUUCAAUGCAGAGUUUUAACACCCUGGUUGUUGUUUUGUUUUGUUUAAAAUUCGACGCUUAUUGUUUAAAACGACUAAUAAUUGCUGUAAUGAAGCUGCCAACUCCUCUGUGAAUCUGCAUGUUUAUGAGGGAUUUCUACAAAAUUCUAGGGGUUAGUAGAUCAGCAUCAGUCAAAGACAUUAAGAAAGCCUACAGAAAGUUGGCAUUGCAGCUUCAUCCAGACAGAAACCAAGAUGACCCAAAUGCCCAAGACAAAUUUGCAGACCUUGGAGCUGCUUACGAGGUACUUUCAGAUGAGGAGAAAAGGAAACAGUAUGACGCAUAUGGAGAGGAGGGAUUAAAAGAAGGCCAUCAAAGUUCACAUGGUGAUAUAUUCUCCAGUUUCUUUGGCGACUUUGGAUUUAUGUUUGGUGGAAAUAGACAGCCAGCUGGCAGAGAUAUUCCAAGGGGUAAUGACAUUGUACUGGACCUUGAAGUAACAUUAGAAGAGGUGUAUUCAGGGAAUUUUGUGGAGGUGGUACGAAUCAAACCGGUAGCAAAAGAAGCUCCAGGCAAAAGAAAAUGCAACUGCCGGCAAGAAAUGAGAACAACACAACUCGGACCGGGUCGCUUUCAGAUGACACAGGAAGUAGUCUGUGAUGAAUGCCCCAAUAUUAAACUUGUGAAUGAGGAGAGAACACUAGAGGUGGAGAUCGAGCAGGGUGUGCGAGAUGAAAUGGAGUAUCCUUUCAUCGGAGAGGGUGAACCUCACAUUGACGGUGAGCCUGGAGAUCUGCGUUUCCGCAUCAAAGUUUUAAAGCAUCCAGUGUUUGAGCGCAGAGGUGACGACCUUUACACAAACGUCACCAUCUCUCUGGUAGAGGCUCUGGUCGGUUUUGAGAUGGACAUCACUCAUUUAGAUGGCCACAAGGUGCAUAUUGUCAGAGAUAAAAUCACUAAACCAGGAUCUCGUAUUUGGAAGAAGGGUGAGGGCCUACCAAGUUUUGACAACAACAAUAUUCGUGGAUCGCUCAUAAUCACCUUUGAUGUAGAUUUUCCCAAGGAGCAACUUGAUGACCAGCAGAAAGAUGGUAUAAAACAGCUUUUGAAACAGGCACCAUCUCAAAAGGUUUAUAACGGACUACAGGGAUACUGACAGACUAGCCAAGUAAAUCAGGACUGAAUGCGUGAACCUUUCUGCCCUACACACACACACACACACACACACACACACACACACACACACACACACACACACACACACACACACACACAAAUUCAAAUGCACACAGAGGAACAAGCAAUGGGGUGUAUUUAUUUUUCAUAUUGUUCUCAGGAAGGGUUGACGUUAAAGUUUUUAUUUUUUUUUAUGAUUUCUUUUUCCUGAUUUAAGUUUUUAAAUGCCUUGUUUUGUCAUAAAAAGUAGUUUUAUUUGACCCCCCCAAAAUGAUAACUUUCUCUUUAUAUGGUCCACAGUUUCAGUAAGUAGUUUAAAACCUUUUUCAUCAGUUGAAUGUUUGAAUGCUACUUUUCUGUUCUGACCAGUCAACCACCAUCCACUCAUGGAUCAGCAUAAUGUUUAGUGCCAGUUGAUUUGAGACCUGCAGCAGCAACAACAGAAAGAAAGAAAGAGGACUGAAACUUCAAACCAGAGGACAAUUUAAAUACCUGCAACUCAAGAACUUACUCUCCAAGUCUUUUAAAAAAAGAAACAAUUAUUUGAACGGAAGUUCACUGAACGUUCUCAAUUUAGACUCUUCAGUCUUUGGUCCACUUGUUUUAAGGAACAAAUUUAUUACGGUUGUUGCAGCUGGUGUUUUUGUCCUCACCAAGCUGCAAAUCCUGUUUGUUUGUUUGUGUGUAUUGCUCCACUACUGCCUGGUUCAGAUUUGCCGCCUGGAUACAGAUUCAGUUUCCUCUAAGGCACUUAUUUGGUUUUUGAAGUUCCAACAGAAGACCUCUUUAACUGUACAGUUCAACUCUUUCCUGUGAUUUAUUUUUUAUCAUUUUUUUAUGUGACGGAUUCACUUUCAUGUUUCUUUAACAGCCCCUCCUGAUGUUCGGUCCAUUAGGUCUGUUUCUAGUUAGUCAUUUUCCUUUGCUCUUUGUGGACUGCACCAGACAAAUCAGAACAACUUAGGAUAACUUGUGCACUAGUGAAGGAAAUAUCAUCUGCCAUAUUCAAAAGAGAAUUAAAAGUUUAUAAUUAUGGUUAAAAACUGACUUUAUA